AUGGGUUUGCCGAGAAUUACCUUACAUUUUGUUCAUGUUUGUCUACUCAUUUUAACCAUUCUUGAGCUCACCCCAGUAUCCAAAUCUGCACAUGACUACACUAGUUUAGUGUACAAGGGUUGUGCCAAGCAAGAUUUAGUAGAUUCAACAGGGGUUUACUCAGAAGCACUCUCUGCCCUUUUUGGCACCCUUAUUGCCCAAUCCUCCAAGGCCAAAUUUUACAAAACCACCACUGGCAGUGGCCAAACCACCAUUAAUGGCCUUUUUCAAUGCAGAGGGGACCUGUCUGGGGUUUUACUAAUAUCCCCAGUCAUAUUGGGAAGGAGAAAGGUUCUCAACCUCCAAGCGGCUGUGGCAAUUGCCUCUGCUCAACCCGCUACUGCAAAGCCUCCAACCAUAAUGGGCAGUGUAGCUUCACCUAACAUCUCCAAUUCUGCAGCUACUAGUUCCUCUGCCAUAGUUGGUGGAGCACCUACUGCUAUGAGCUUCAACUAUCCGAACAUGCCUCCCACCCCAUACUUGGCUAUUUCCCCAUACAUGCUUUAUGAAGUUGCAAGAUUUUCACAAAUCUCCAGGAUGGAAAAGUUGUACAAGACUUGCAUUGGAAAGAAUGUUGGAGGGGCCAGAUAUGAGGCAAAUAGAGACAGUGCAUUUUUUUCACUUGCAAUUUCUAUCAUAACAUAA